UCCCGCUCUGGUUAAGGCGCAGGGAGGAAGUGUUUUGCUGGAAGAUGAUGACAGAGGUCAGGCUGUGCUAAUGGGCCAGUGAAGAGCGGUGGAGGCGAGGCAGGAGCGGCCGCAUCCAUUAGCGCGGGGCCGCCAAUCAGAGAGGUGUGCUCCGGCCCCGCUCCGCCGCACACCGCGCCCGCUCCGCGCUGACAGCCACCGCGGUGUCAAUCUCUGUCUCCUUCCCAGGACCUCGGCAUCGCACCGCCGCCGCAGCCUCAGUGGAGACAAACUAUUCUGCGGGCAACUCUUUGGGAGCGCGUCAGUGCCCGGCGGUGCGCCCCGUCCUGCUGACAGCAGCGGUGCCGCGGACGGGAUAUGCCUCUGCGAGAGGGCCGCCGGGAGUAGAGGCACGCAGAUGUGCGAGCCCCCACGCUGCAGGAGAGGACAGCGCGCCCGGCUUCCAGACCGCUCCAGGCGAGCCCCGCGGGACCCCGCUGCCCCGGCCCACCAUGCAGAACAGUCACAGCGGCGUGAACCAGCUCGGCGGGGUGUUCGUCAACGGGAGGCCGCUGCCCGACUCCACGCGGCAGAAGAUCGUGGAACUCGCGCACAGCGGCGCGCGGCCGUGCGACAUCUCCCGAAUCCUGCAGGUGUCGAAUGGAUGUGUGAGUAAAAUUUUGGGCAGGUAUUACGAAACUGGCUCCAUCAGGCCCAGGGCGAUCGGAGGUAGUAAGCCGAGAGUAGCGACUCCCGAAGUUGUAAGCAAAAUAGCGCAGUAUAAACGAGAGUGCCCCUCCAUCUUUGCGUGGGAGAUUCGAGACAGAUUACUCUCGGAGGGGGUCUGUACCAACGAUAACAUACCCAGUGUGUCGUCGAUAAACAGAGUCCUCCGCAACCUGGCUAGCGAAAAGCAACAGAUGGGUGCCGACGGGAUGUACGACAAGCUAAGGAUGCUGAACGGGCAGACGGGGACAUGGGGCACCCGGCCCGGCUGGUAUCCCGGCACCUCGGUACCCGGGCAGCCCGCACAAGACGGCUGCCCGCAGCAGGAGGGAGGAGGGGAGAACACCAACUCCAUCAGCUCCAAUGGGGAAGAUUCCGAUGAGGCCCAGAUGAGACUUCAGCUGAAAAGGAAGCUGCAGAGAAAUAGGACAUCCUUUACCCAAGAGCAAAUCGAAGCCCUUGAGAAAGAGUUUGAGAGAACCCACUAUCCCGAUGUGUUUGCGAGAGAGCGACUAGCUGCUAAAAUAGACUUGCCUGAAGCAAGGAUACAGGUGUGGUUUUCUAACAGAAGGGCCAAGUGGAGAAGGGAGGAGAAGCUGCGGAACCAGCGGAGACAAGCCAGCAACACUCCCAGCCACAUCCCCAUCAGCAGUAGUUUCAGCACAAGCGUUUACCAGCCGAUCCCACAGCCGACCACCCCCGUUUCCUCUUUCACAUCAGGUUCCAUGUUGGGCAGGACAGACACAGCGCUCACGAACACGUACAGCGCACUGCCGCCCAUGCCCAGCUUCACCAUGGCCAACAACCUGCCUAUGCAACCCCCGGUACCCAGCCAGACCUCCUCCUACUCUUGCAUGCUGCCCACCAGCCCGUCGGUGAACGGCCGGAGCUAUGACACCUACACCCCUCCGCACAUGCAGACACACAUGAAUAGCCAGCCCAUGGGCACCUCUGGCACCACUUCCACAGGUCUCAUUUCCCCUGGAGUGUCAGUUCCAGUUCAAGUUCCUGGCAGUGAACCUGACAUGUCUCAGUAUUGGCCAAGAUUACAGUAAAACAUGUGUUAAUUCUGUAAAUGACUAUAUGGACAACAGUUGGAUGUUCAGCAGUAUUUUCUAAAGGAAGAAUGGCUCUCAGAGUACUUCUGUACUGCAACUGUGCCCUACGCUGUAACACAUGGAAAAGACUCUAACAUGGACCUUUGUACACUGAAGGCAUUAUAUCGGUUGGAACAAAUCUUCAUUUUGGUAUCCAAACUUUUAUUCAUUUUGGUGUAUUAUUUGUAAAUGGGCAUUUGUAUGUUAUAAUGAAAAAAAAAAAAAGAACAAUGUAGACUGGAUGGAUGUUUGAUCUGUGUUGGUCAUGAAGUUGUUUUAAGAAAAAAAAAAAGAAAAAAAAAAAAAAAGAAGCCAUGAUCAACAAGCUUUGCCACGAAUCUAAGAGUUUUAUCAAGAUAUAUCGAAUACUUCUACCAAUCUGUUCAUAGAUUAUGGAUCGACGUUCCAAGUUUGUAUCAUUCCAUUGCAUAUAAUUAAACCUGGAACAAUACGCACUAGAUUUAUGUAAGAAAAAUAUCUGUUGGUAUUUCCAAAGGUUGUUAACGGACGAAGCUAUGUGCAAACAAGGGUUAAGAGAGAACUUCGACGGAGAAAAGAGUUUGAUAGAUAAAAGGUAGAUUGUGUCUUCGAUAUAAUCCAAUUUGUUUUAUGUCGAAAUGUAAGUAUUUGUCUUCCCUAGAAAUCUCCCAGAAUGAUUUCUAUAAUAAAGUUAAUUUCAUUUAUAUUUGACAAGAAUAUUCUAUAGAUGUUUUAUACACAUUUUCAUGCAUCAUACGUUUCUUUUUGGUCGGCAAAAGUUAAUUGUUCUUAGAUAUAGUUGUACUACUGUUCACAGUCCAAUCAUUUUUGUGCAUCUAGAAUUCAUUCCUAAUCAAUUAAAAGUGCUUGCAAGAGUUUUAAACUUAAGUGUUUUGAAGUUGUUCACAACUACAUAUCAAAAUUAACCAUUGUUGAUUGUAAAAACCAUGCCAAAGCCUUUGUAUUUCCUUUAUUAUACUAUUUUCUUUUUAACCUUA